AAAGACAAUCGAUGAUAGUACAAUCGAUAGUUUUGCAGCUCUAGAAGAGACGUCCAGUGAAAAAUUUGUGCUUGAUUUAUUAUUGCCUAACUGCAAAAUUUGUGAAAAAUACUGCAAAAUCUCUAAAGUUUUACCGGUUUAUUCGGAAAAUGCCACCAAGACCCGUGUGGCAGACGUUUAUUGACGCUCCUUUUGGACUUUUGCUUGAGGCGUAGAAUCAUCAGCUGUGCCACCACAUCAUCACUAGAAGUCGCUAUACAGCCAAUUGUGUUUCCUGGACACAACGAAAAUAAAUAUUGGAAGAAGCUUUGAGUUCUACCAGACAAAGAUAGUUUUUAUGUAGCUGAGGGAAGCGGUUAACUAUUUGUGGUCUCCAUACCAGCCGAAUUUACAGAAGGAGACAGUGUAUCGAAAGGAAUUGGUUUGCGGUUUAUACCAUGGCAGACAAUAGCCAUAAUGAAGGGGAAACCCCAGACCAAGCGCCAUCACCGCCUCAACAACAGCAGGCAGGCGUAAAUAAUCCUCCCACUCCAAAUGUGAACGUCCCGAAUAUUGCGAAUGUUUGGAAUGUCGAUUUAACUGCAAAUCCAUUUAACUUUAACAAUAAUCGUAAUCGUGGUGGGCAAAACAACCUGAUGAACGUACGUGAUCGACUCUUUCAUGCAAUUUUCUUUAAGGUUGCCCUUAUGUAUGCACAAAUAUUUCCAAAGCCUCUUCAGCGCGCCUUAGAGUACUUCAUUUUACUUAAAGCACUUUUAUUCUUCUUCGCUUUGGUUUAUAUUCACCUGGCGUUCAUUAAAAACCCGGCAACCUGUCUGCAAAACGUAAAAGAUUGGCCUCGAGAUGGAGUUUUAAGAGUUGAAGUAAUUCCAAAUCUAGAGAAACAUCGUGAUUUAAUGUCUAAAACCAAAGCCAAUGAACAGUUAGUUCGUUACCUUCAAAACUACUAUCAUUAUGGUAUUGGGCCUCAGACUAAAGUAAACCAUUAUCGUUUAAAGGAAUAUGAACGCAAACUAACUCGAGCUGGUUAUCAAUUGCGACCUACAUUUACUUACGCAAAUGAGACAUUAAUUUACUACUUUAAAACAGAGGCGAUAUCUGAAAAAGCUGGGGCGUCAAACGAUAUCGAAGAGAAAGUGGAAAAGCAGGAAACCGACGACGAUGAGCAGUAUAUUGUGGAGUAUUCAUUAGAAUAUGGGCACUUGCGUUUAUCAUCAUCAACGCGUAAACGUUUGAAAAUACCCGUACGCGUAGUACAAUUGGAUCCAAUGACUGAUAAAUGUUUUGGCGAUAAAUUUAGCAAAUUUUUACUUAAACAGCUUUUGGGAUAUGAUGACCUGCUAAUGGCAUCGGUGCGAGUAAUAGCCGAAAAAGAGGAUAAUAAAGGGUAUUUGCGAAAUGUCAUAACCGGCGAACAUUAUCGCUUUGUCUCAAUGUGGUGGGCUGCGUGGAGUUCAUACCUAACCGCAUUUUUUGUAAUGGUGCUUUUUACCUUCUCUAUUUCGAUGCUUUUACGAUUUUCACAUCACCAAAUUUUCGUUUUUAUUGUUGAUCUCUUGCAAAUGCUGGAAUUCAAUGUUACUGCACGUUUUCCAAUAGCCCCGCUACUUACAGUAAUUCUAGCCUUAGUUGGUAUGGAAUCAAUUAUGUCUGAGUUUUUCAACGACACAACAACUGCGUUCUAUAUAAUUUUGAUUGUUUGGAUGGCGGAUCAGUACGAUGCGAUUUGUUGUCAUACGAGUAUAACGAAAAGACAUUGGUUAAGAUUCUUUUAUUUGUACCAUUUUGCAUUCUACGCUUAUCAUUACCGCUUCAGUGGACAAAACCGAAGUUUGGCAUUAGUAUCCUCUUGGUUAUUCAUACAGCACUCCAUGUUUUACUUUUUCCAUCGUUACGAGCUGCCUGUCAUUAUUCAACAAGCGCAAAUACUUAUCAUAACAAACAAUCAGAAUGUGGCAGGGAAUGGCCCCCAACAGAGGCAGCAGCAGCAGCUGCAGGGCCAGGGGCGUCCUGCUGCAAUUAUAAUGGGUCGACUAUUUCGUCGCCCGGCUCGUCAGCAACAGCAACAGCAACAGCAGCAACAACAAGAACAGCAGCUCAUUGAUGCUCUUCGCAAUCAGCGACAAAUACCAUUCGUUGGUGGCUUGCUGCAGCGACGCGUCGGAGCUGUGGACACUUUGCGGCGCACGCUUCUACAACGUGGCUGGAUGGGAGCGCCACGUGUCCGCGUACAAAUCGCCAAUUUGCAACGCAUCAAUUUGCGUUCCAUUCAAAUAAAUCCGGCAAAUUUAGAUGCAGCCGCUGCCUCUGCCUCAGCAGCAGGCGAAGCAGCAACGGGUGAUGGUGCUGGAAGUGGAAGUGGCACCGGCGGUACAACGAUAGAUGGCAAUAUUACCAUAACACAGGUGGCAGACGCAGAUGGCUCAACAAAUGCAAUGGCAAUGGCAAUGGGAAGCAACACCAGUAGUGGCAGCGGCCAAACCAUUGGCAUAACAAUCUCUUUUAAUCCGCCAGCCACAGACGAUGUAGACACGAGGUCGGCAACUGCCGCUGAAAAUGUUGCACAAACCCCCCCAUCAGUGGCAACUUCUUCGUUGAAUGACGCGACGACAGCAGAGGCUAUGCCAAAUACUGCCGCAGAACUACAGCCGGUAUCAACAACAAUAACAGCUCCAAAAUGUGAAAAUCCGGAGGAAGAAAGUUCAUGCAAAAAUGAGGCAAACAUUAAUAACGACGCAGCAAUGUCGAAAAAUGAUGAAAAAACCCCUUCGAGUUCCAUAGAAAGCCAAUCAAACCAGGGUGUCAAUAAAGAGCCUGUACUUAACGAAGAAAAGAAACAGAACAGAACAGACAAUUCAUUGGGAACAGGAACAUUCGAAAAUGUGGUUGACUCCGAAACGACUCAACAACACUUAGAGGGCGAAUAUUUGCCAGCGAGAAACUUGAGUGCAAGCGUGGUGUGUGAAGAGGGAGAGGGGAACAGUAUAGCCGAACAGAUCAACACGAACGUACCAUCAUUUGUGGAACUAUCGCCAAUCGUUGAGCGUGGGCAAGAGGUGGUGGCAAUAUUAAACACGUCAGUAGUGUCGCAGCCUUUGCUUUUGCCAAACUCAACUACUGUGGCCGAAGCGACAUCGUCUGCAUCCAUGCAGACAACUGCAGCGUCGCCAAAUAUCCUUGCCGCAUCUCAACACACGCAUCCAGCACGAACACGUCUAAGUCCAAUAUCAGCAGCAAGUGUUGUUUCACUUACAUCCACAUCACCAGUGCCAUCUGCAGCAACUGACAAUGUCGACCUUACCGACGAUAACGUCGUCAGAAGCCAUUCAGAAAAUACGAAGCCAGGCAUUCGUCGUCUGAAUUCGACCAACAGUUCACAGGCAAUGGCGGUACAGCUGGGGCACGAUUCAUUUUCAAACACUACGAGCAAUUUUGAUCCUCAAGAGACACCUAUAACGAGUUGCUGCGAGUUUUCCAUAGAUCAAAAAGAGUAAGGUGUCCCUAUAAACUAAACGUGAAUUACUUAUGGCAAACUGGUGAAACUAUGCUCACGAAAGUGUUAGCUAAGCAAAACAGAUACGAAAUGGAAGACAUACAAUUUUAGUUCAUUUGUGUAUGUAUAUAAAUAAGUAUGUAUGAAUUAUAUAAUGCUUGUACUAUUAGACAUUUUUAUUAGCGUUUAAUUUGUAUAAAUAUUAAAAAAAAAAACUAAGGAAAGAAAAUAAUUGCUUAAAAUAAUAUUUUCCAAUCCAGCACUCGUAACAUCA